AUAUGUCCUGGACAAAAGCCUUCCAGCAGCAGAAUUGAUUGUUAAAGAUGACAAUAUCUGUCUUACACGUGAGGACUUGUGGAGUCUUGGGUUAAAUCAGUGCAUGGAGUCUACUAUUGGGAAUGCAUGUUUUAAGAUCACCAGAGAAGCUGCUCAAAAACAUGGGAAAGAUGUUUACAUUGCUGACAUGUAUGUGGUUCCCACAUGGAAAACGAUGAAUGUGGACCCACUCUCAAGUUUACCGGUAAAGUGAAGUUAAACACACACACAGACAGACAGUUGCACAUUAAUGCAAUGAUUUCUGUACAAUGCACAGUAGUUGAAUGGUUGCAUUUUCUUUCUCUACACCAGAACAAUCUGUGUUCCAAGGAUGCGAUUUUGUUCCCUGCAUGGAGUAUGCAACAGAAUCAACUGGAUCACUAUUUGCUAUGUGUUGAGUUACAGUUUCAAAAAAUAGAUAUUCAGAUUUUUAGAAUGAAGUUUGUUGAUUAGCUUAUCAUUUUGAAAUAUGUCCAUUGCAGGUUUUACUGGUUGUGGAGAGAGAGAUCAUUUUUCUAGAUUCUGUACUCCCUGGUGGUUUUGGAGAUGACUCGUACAAAACGAUAUUUAGGUUAAGAGAGAGGAAAAAGUUGCCCUUGUUCAGUGGCUUUUACCAAUAAUAUUUUACGCAAGAGCCAUGUUCUGUGGCUGCUGAUUUACACAAAAGCCUUGUUCUAUGGCUGAUGAUUUACAAAAAGCCUUGUUCUAUGGCUGAUGAUUUACAAAAAGCCUUGUUCUAUGGCUGAAAAUUAACAAAAAGCCUUGUUCUAUGGCUGAUGAUUUACAAAAAGCCUUGUUCUAUGGCUGAAAAUUAACAAAAAGCCUUGUUCUAUGGCUAAUGAUUUACAAAAAGCCUUGUUCUAUGGCUGAUGAUUUACAAAAAGCCUUGUUCUAUGGCUAAUGAUUUACAAAAAGCCUUGUUCUAUGGCUGCUUAUUUAUAGCUUUGUUCUUUUGUUUUAUGUUUACGCAGAAGCCUUGUUCGAUGGCUGUAGGAUUAGGUCUCAUUUUAUGAAACUAGACCAUGGAGAACAAUUGUAUGACUAUAGGUUUCAGUAAGUGUGUGUCCAUAAUUAUUUUUUUUUCCCAUUUUAUGUGCAGACAUAUUGCAGGCCAGAUUGACCCAAGACCCUGGACAGAGAAGACCGGCAGAAGUUUUGAUCACUUCCCUCAACAAACUUCUGGGAACUACUGUGGCAUCCUUAUACUCAUUUAUGCCCUCUGUAUCUGCACCAAUACCCCAUUUAUCUUCACAGAGAAUGAUGUGCCAUUAAUCCGCCAGUGGUGGUGCAUCCUACUGAUGGAAAGAUUUCAGAUUGAAGGACAUGGCCAGAGGUUUGCUUUCUGGACUGACAAGGCUAGCAGGCUAUUGCAAGGGACCCUUCAGCCACUUUUUAGGGUAUCUAGGUCAAUCACUUCAGACAUUCCACCUCAUGUGCAAACCAUGGUCAACCGCACAGCCCAAGAAAAGAAGCUGGUAGACUUUGCUGUACAAGACCAUGGAGUCCGGCAACAUUUGUUGGGUGUACUCUGUGGAAAAGAGCCUUCGAAGUGGCUCAGCAGAAUCCAGAAGGGAUCAUCUCUACGGGUGCCAGUGUACCUGGACUCGGAGGAAGAACAGGACUCCCUAUUUUUCUAUCUUCAGGAUGUCCUGAAAUCUGCACCAGUAGAAUUCCACAUUGAGGAUCAAGUGCAGUUCAUUUUGGAUGUUUUGUUCCCAGAGUGCAUCACCCAAGCCAUGUCUACACUACAGGGAAUAACUAUACAAGAGGCUGAAGAGUUGUUUCUUUCAGGUCCUAACUACAGCAGAAGGUAAAAACAGUUACCUGUGUUUGAAAUAUCUGUAUGAAUGUUUAUUUAUUGUGACUACCAUUUUAAUUGGGUGGGUGGUUGCGUGUUUG